AUGGAGGGAUGGUGGAAAGCGAAUUUUGGUGGGGCCUCUAAAGGCAACCCAAGACCAUCAGGGGUAGGGGUUAUUGUGAGGGAUUGGAAGGGUGAGGUUUUGGCUUUAGGUGCCCAGAUAUUGGUUGAAGGUACAAAUAAUUUGGUUGAAGCUUCAACGAUGCUGCUAGCUGUUAGGAUGUGUAAACAGUUAGGCGCUAGAAAAGUGCAUUUAGAGGGAGAUUAUUUAAUUAUUAUUUUGGCAUUAAUGAAGAAGGGGAUUGAGGCAUGGCACUUGCAAGGUUGGAUUUACAAUAUCAUUGAAGAACUGAAAUAUUUUGAUGAUUUUCAAUUAAGCCAUGUAAGGCGUACUGGUAAUGUUGAGGCAGAUAUCCUUUCCAAAUGGGCUCUUACAUUUAAUGCAGUUGGCGAUUUUAGAUUGGAAAAUUUUUAG